GUUUACAUUUGUUAGUAUUUAUUUAUUUAGCAGCUAAUAGAGUGCUAGCCUUUAAACACUGACGUUUACGUAACGUUAAGUAACUAUAUUACAAACUUUAGAUUUGAGAUAUGUGAAUGGGAUUUGUAUAAUGUUUCUUUAUGUUGUCCUUUUAAAUUUCUUGUGUAAAUAUGUAUUAAUUCACUUAUUUGACUUUAGUACAUUAAAAUUAAAUUAAAAUGAGUAAAUGAAUGUAGCUAACUAGCUAACUAAGUUACACUUGGACUGAUAAUACAAUACAGGCCGGGUGUGCAGUCCCAAUGCUUGGCAUGUCUUAUCAUCGAAUCGGUCAGUCUAAUGUAAUACAUAUGACACGCCUUGAUUACCUGGCUGAUUCCAUGACACUUUUUCCAGUUCCGCGGCGAUAUUUUUUGACUGGUUUGGCUGGAGAACUCGACUCCAGGUGAACUUCUUGUAGUCCGUAGCAUCUGUGUUCCAGGUUUUUCAGUGAAUAGUGAUGGAGUUGUGGCAGAGGGACAGGCUGUCAGAGCUGGUGGAGGAUCUGACAACAUCAGGACAACCGCAGCUCAACCAGGACAAGCUGAAGGAGAUCAAGAAGAUCUGCAAAGUGUCUAAUGACUGCAUAGACCACGUGUACCACUCAGUGAUGUCCCAGCUCAACCAAGAACAUGCAGAGGUCCGACUGUCUGCCUUUCAGAUCGCCAGUGAGCUCUUCUCCAGAUCACACCACUUCAGAACCCUGUUGGUGGACAACUUUCAGGAGUUCUUGGAGUUGACAGUAGAGACUGACUCAGAGCAGCCCCUCCCCCCUCCUAAAGAUAUAGCCAGGAAGCUGAGGUCCCUUGCCAUCCAGACUGUCCAGUCAUGGCAGACCUCUUAUGGGACUGCUUAUAAGAAGUUAGCACUGGGUUACCACUUUCUCAAACAGGUUAAGAAGGUGGACUUCCAGGAUGCUGAGGCCAGGACGGUAGCUGAGAGGAGGAGGGAGGAGGAGAGACAGAGGAGAAUGGAGAGGAUCUACAAGGAGAGAGUGGAGGCAGCCUCCAAAGACAUGGAGGAGUCAUACCAGGAAAUGGAGGCAACGCUGAUAGAGAUGGACUCCUGUAUGAGGCUGCUUUUCCCUGAGUUUGACCUUGCAGACAUCCAGACAACCAUCAGCAGCCCUCCAAACUCCCAACCAGCCAAUGAAUAUUCAUCAAUUGAUGAACAGCCUUGUUGCAGCAAAGACCUAAGGGAUGACAGGAGAGAAGGGAUGAUACAAGAGGUCAGCAGGGAAGAAGAGAACAGCAAUGUGGAGGGAAAGAGAGGAAAGGAAGACAAAGGAAUGACAGAGGAGAUGAGAAACAGCAGGAGGGAGGAGAAGAAAGGGAAGGAAAAGGAGAGGUCUGGCGAUGAGGAGGGGGAAGAUAAAGAGAGGAGGGAUGGAAAUGAGCAGGUGGAGAAGAAGGGAGAGGAGGUAGAAGAUAGGGAACAAAAGAAGCUAGAUAUAAAGGAAGCGCAGAGUAAGGGAGAGGAGGAGGAAGACGAGGAGGGAAGUGGUGAUGAAGAAGAGGAGGAACCUCUUUGUGAAGACUUGUUUAUUCGGAACUCUGGACUCAUCUCUCACUCCUACAGUCUGGACCUGAACCUCAUUCCUGGGCUUCAUGUUAAGGAGACAGAGGAUAAUGAGGCAGUGGUUUCCACGGUGAUAGACCUCUAUAGACUGAUAAAAACCAAACACCUACCAGCUGUGCAGGGCUGGGUUCAGGUUUUCACCAAGUCAGGUGCUGAGCAGCAGCUGCUAAUGAGAGCGCUGGAUCUGAAGAGGUCUUUAGAAGCUGCCCUGCAGAAACACAAAGAGCUUCACAUUGAUUACAAGACCAGGGUCCGCAAAGUAAUGAAGGCUUCUUCAGGAGGAGAGGAGGAGGAGGAUGAUGAUGACGAUGAUGACUUUGAUGAGGUUCCAGAGAAAGAGGGAUAUGAGCUGCACAUUCCAGAGCAUCUGCGAGCCGAGUAUGGUUUGGAUCCAUUUCCUUCCACCUCAACACCACCAGUCACAAAAAAAACCCCUGCUAAAAGACCCACAGUUCUGCCCCUUCCAUCCUCUUCCUCCUCCAGGCGGUUAAAGCGACUUACAGAAGAGGAGCAGGAUCCAACAUGUGCAGCCGCCACACUGCACCACCUCAGACAGAACCUCCCUCUGCCUGCAGAAUCCAGCAGCAGCUCCUCAGGUCCUAAUUCAGACCAGAAGGCUGUUGGGGCUCCUGUGGUUCCGUUUGGUUUGGAUCUGUACUACUGGGGCCAGGAGCAGCCUAACGCUGGCAAGAUCUUCAAGUCAGCUUCUCAGCAUCAGUUCUGGGUUCACGCUGAGAUGGAGGAGGAGGUAGAGAACAAGGAGCUGCUGGCAGAGAGCAGGAGCAGAUACAUCUCCUUCCCUGGGAGUUUCACUCCUGUGAGCCAUUAUUGCAGAGCUCCACUGGGCAAUGGAAAGCUGUGUCAGAGACAGGACCGCCACAAGUGUCCUUUCCACGGCCAGAUCAUUCCUCGAGACCAGGAGGGUCGACCCUGCAAACAGGAGGACCGAUUGAGGGAGGAGCAGGAGGAGAGGAGGAAGAGGGAGGAGCAUCCAGACUGGCGUGAUGCAGAGCUGAUGCGAGACAUCGAGGUGGCAACAGGAGAAAACCUGGGUUCUGACAGGGUUGGUAAAAAAGGGAAAGGGAAAAAGAAGAAAUACCCCAACCUCAGUGAUCUGAAGCAGAGCACCAACACUUCCCGCUAUAGGCUGGAGAAAAAAGUCUUCAACAAGUACGUCAUUUCCUGUUCGGGCAGGAACAGCCUUCUCUGAAAGCUCACACCAAUG